CAGGGUGUAAAAUGGCCCCUGCCAUUGCCAAUCAUUCAACAAAGCCCGUGAACUUUCUGUAUGCAUUCAGAAACUGGCGGCGACCACCAAAAUCUUCAAGAUUAUGCCGCAGAUACUUAUUGAAAGAACAGUAUGUUUACUAAUCAGAGCACAUUUUGCUCACCAUGUGAAAGAGGAUGGAGUUCAGUCAGGCUCACAGCGCGUGGAAACGAUACAAAAAAAUAAUUCUGUAAUAGGAUAUUUAAUAUUUGCACAUUAGACAGAGUUGAAAAACUAAAACAAAAUGCAAUUUGAAGAGAGACAUAGCUAGUGGAAAGGAAGAUAGAAAGAAGAAAGAAAAGGGUUCCAUUAGUUUCAGACAAAUUUUCUCUCUUUCCACAUUUUUUUAGCCUUUUUCUCUUCUUCUUUUAUUUAUUAUAUUUGACUUGCUUUAUAUAUCUCUUCUUUGGCACAAGCCAUUUAAUCUUCAUUUUCCAGAAGUCUUUUACUGUUCUCCUUCUUGUUGGGUUUAUUUACUUCAAUUAUGCUUGCCAUAUCCUCUGCUUCUUCUUUGUAAGUCCAUUUGUUCUUUUUUUUUUUUUUUGUGUCUUGGAAGUGGGUUGAGCUUGGACUGUUGUGAAUAUCUAAGAUCAUUACAAGCAUGUUACUGCUUAUGAGCUUUGGUUGGGUUUAGUUUUCAGAUUGGAGAGUGUAGAUUCAGCUAAUGUUGUGGAACAAGAAAUUUUGUGAUUAAUGAGGAUGGAGAGAUCUAGAAUAAAGUGUAUGAAUUGGAACUAUGUAGAGGCCAUUGUGGGGUUUAUGCUGAUCUGGGCAGCGGGAAUUUCGGUUGCUCUCACUAAUCCCGGUGAUGUUGCGGCGAUUAAUAACUUAUAUGUUGCACUCGGUUCACCUCAACUUCCCGGGUGGGUUGCCACUGGGGGAGACCCAUGUGGUGAAAGUUGGCAGGGUGUUGUAUGCAAUGCUUCAGAUAUAAUGAAGAUAGUUCUUAAUGGUGCUAAUUUAGGAGGAGAACUGGGCGAUAGCUUGGAUGCCUUUGCUUCCAUCAAAGCAAUAGAUUUAAGUAACAACCAUAUUGGGGGCAGUAUCCCAUCCGAUUUGCCUGUUACCAUGCAAAACUUUUUUCUUUCAGAUAAUGAGUUCUCUGGUAGCAUACCAAGUUCUCUUGCAUCUUUGUCUCUACUGACAGACAUGUCUUUAAACAAAAAUCUUUUAAGUGGAGAAAUACCAGAUUCCUUUGAAUCCCUUGCAGGAUUGAUCAAUCUAGAUUUAUCUAGUAACAAUUUGAGUGGGCAACUACCUACAUCUCUGGAAAGUUUGUCACAACUGACAACUCUACAUUUGCAGAACAAUCAACUGUCUGGCACCCUUGAUGUAUUACAAGAUCUUCCAUUGAGAGAUUUGAAUGUUGAGAAUAACCUGUUCUCUGGGCCCAUACCUGAUAAGUUGCUGCAGAUCCCAAAUUUCAGAAAAGAUGGGAAUCCAUUUAAUUCUACUGUUGGUCCACUAUCUCCACCAACAUCAUCAACAACACCACCACUUUCUGGCUCACCACCUUCUCAACACACACCUGGAAGACAGGCUGAUGAACCAUCUUCUUCAGAAGAAUCAAAAUCUGGAGGGAAAAAUUUUUUAACAACUAAAAGGGUUGUUUGGAUAUCAAUUGCAGGAGUCAUGUUGUUUGUAAUUUUGGCAUUAGCAUUUUUGCUUUUAAUGCCACAGUGCCUCAGAAGAAGGGAGGAAAUUUUCAAGCAGCAUCAAACACAACAAACACAAGUAGGUGUAUAUAGAGGCGAUAGAGGAGAACUGAGGGAUAAUCAGCCAUUGGCACAAUCCACCAAUCAAAUGGAGAAAGCUCCUAAGGCAGCAGUUGUUAAGCCGAAAGAUGAUCAUCAAUUAGAGAUGGAAAGAAGGGGAGCAACUGCAAAGUCACUGAAUGAACAUGAAAGAAAUGGCCGAGGGCUGGGAUCAAUACCAAAACAGGAUGAUUAUGAGAUAGACAUGAGUGGAACAGAUAUGAGGUUUAUGCUGCCUCCUCCUCCCCCUCCUCCACCACCUGUUGUUGAUAAGGUCAUUGCUAAACCAGUUGUAUCUGCUGAAGCAACUACAACAAAGACUUCCACAAAAACAGCGAAUCUUUCAACUAUUGCUAGAUCAUUUACCAUUGCAUCCCUUCAACAAUAUACUAACAGUUUUUCUCAAGAAAACCUUAUAGGUUCUGGCAUGCUAGGGAGUGUUUAUAGGGCACAGCUUCCUGAUGGGAAGUUACUUGCUGUCAAGAAACUGGACAAGAGGGCCUCAAGUCAGCAGAAGGAUGAUGAAUUUCUUGAAUUGGUAAACAACAUUUACCGAAUCCGGCAUGCUAAUGUUGUUGAGCUCAAGGGUUACUGUGCGGAGCAUGGACAAAGGCUUCUGAUCUAUGAGUAUUGCAGUAAUGGGACACUGCAGGAUUUGCUACACUCAGAUGAUGAAGCGAAAAGAAAUCUUUCUUGGAACUCCCGCAUUAGGAUGGCACUUGGAGCUGCUAGAGUGUUAGAGUAUCUGCACGAGGUUUGCCAGCCCCCUAUUAUACACAGAAAUUUCAAGUCACUCAACGUUCUACUUGAUGAUGAUCUUUCUGUGCGUGUCUCUGAUUGUGGUUUGGCUCCUCUGAUUUCAUCGGUUGCUGUAAGUCAGUUAUCAGGACAUCUGCUAGGAGCGUAUAGUUAUGGAGCUCCAGAAUUUGAGUCAGGAAUUUAUACUUGUCAGAGUGAUGUUUAUAGCUUUGGAGUAGUUAUGUUAGAACUCUUAACAGGGCGGACAUCAUAUGACGGGACACGAAAUCGAGGGGAGCAAUUUCUUGUGAGAUGGGCAAUUCCCCAGCUUCAUGACAUUGAUGCAUUGUCUAGGAUGGUUGAUCCUUCUCUCAAUGGAGAGUACCCUGCUAAAUCAUUAUCACACUUUGCUGACAUUAUUUCCCGUUGUGUUCAGUCUCAACCAGAAUUCAGGCCUCCAAUGUCUGAAGUCGUCCAGGAUCUAGUAGACAUGAUUCAAAGAGACCGCCGCAGCAAUGAAUCAGUUGGAGACUGACCUAAAUUAGGAAACAAAACUUGUGGUUUCAGCUUGUGAAUCAUGGUGAAGUUGGAUAGAUUUUGAUCUGCCAGAUUAACAAUCCGGAAAAAAACCACCGUAAAAAGGCUACAACAGAUGCCCCAACUAACACAUCAACGGUUCACAUUCCACGCAUUUUACAUUUACCCCUCAGCGGAGUUUACAAGGUAAAUUUGAUGAAGAACCCUUGUUGCAGUGACCCCAACAUUGAGAUUCUUGAGGUCAAUUAGUUUUUGAUGAUUUUAGUUGUCGAUUCGUCAUUAGCUCAGAGAUGUAGUGAUCCUAUUGUUUCAUACUAUUAUUUGUUACCAAUUCUUGAUGUUCAAAUUUGUUUUGUGUUGAAUGCUCGUGUUUUGGUGUAUCAUAAUUUACAUACCUCUUUCUUUGGCCA